AUGGUGGCAGAACCCCAGAAGCUUCCUGAUGCCGACGCGUCUUCUUUUCUCCGCGGUCGUGCUAGAGGCAACCAGCGCUCGCAGGCGGUGGUAACAGGUCCAUCAUGGAUCCUCCCCACCCGUAAUGAUGCGGGCUACCCCCGGACGUCUUUGUUUGCCUCACAGCCGCUCAGUGUGUCCAUCAAUGGAGGCGUGCAAACAUGCACGUGUCUCUAUUGUCUCCAGAAAUUCUCUCAUCAAAGUCCGCAAAGGGGCGGUGACUUGCGCAGCAAUGACGGCCGGUCCGCAAUCAACAAGCUGUCAGAGAAACAAAGCAAGUCCCGCACCCUGCGUGCUGUGACGCUGCACUGCCAUUUCCUGGACACCAGCCUGUUCUCGACGCUCAGCAGCCUUGAACACCUGACGGACCUGUCUAUCGAGUUUGGAUACACGCGGGGCGAGGUCGUGGGCACAUCCCCGUGGGCCUUCCCAUCCCUCACCCUCAUAUCGCUCACGUCAGCCGGCGAAAUACGGCACAUAGCACAGCUCGUGAACAGCGUCUCAUCGCCUGACCUGGAGUCUCUCGAGAGGCAAGACAACGCCGUCACGAGCGGUGCAUCGCAGGAUGGAUGGCGCGAAUGUGCAUCCGCGCGUCGUCACGGCGUUCCUCCAGCUGUGCCUUGGCUGGAGGCGCUGUGGCUGCCGAAGGUGGCUCAACGGUCGGGGCCGCUGGCGGCCCUGCCACCGGUCACGUCGCCCCGUUUGAAGACGCUCGAUCUGGAGCAGUGGGACAGCGAUGACAACGACAGCGAUGGCGACAACGGCGGCAGCAGCCAUGUCGAUUUGGGGGCUCGCUUCGAUCCGCACAUGAUGCGAGUUGACGACGCUGGCGAUAUCAGUAAUGCAGAGUUGAUGACCUCCCUAUCCUCAGUUGAGUCGGACUCCGAGGACGAGGACGUCUCCGACACGCUUUCCGAAGACGGGACUGACCUUGGCACCGAGAAUGACGUUGGGCAAGAGGCUGCAGCUGAAUGCACGUGGGAAGGGUUUUGCGUAGACUGA